AAUAAAAACAGAGUUUUUAAACAAAAUCCAUUGCCAGUUUUGAUACGACUUUUAUCAAACUUGCGUUAAUUGUGCACGAGUUGAAUUUCACGCCCCAGAAGUGGUUGAGCACACCCGACGCAUGUGUUUAAUAUUCGCAGUUAGCUUUUGUCACUUCUUGACAUUGUGCCAAAGCGAGUUGGUUGUUGUUUCUACAAUCAAGUGUGCGUUCGACAAAAUAAACUCACUUUAAUGCGUAAAACUGGCAAGUGCUGAGGUUGGCCGUAAUCAGUGCACCGAUUCUAGUUCAUUUUGCAAUGACAUUCCUAAUGAUGCGCCGAUUGCCACGGUACUGACGGUGUGUGCAACAAACGGAACCUUUUACAAUUGUCGUCGUACGCUGUGUACAUUUGGCAUCGAUACUAUGCAAUAAUGGAUAUAGUAGGGUUAGUGAAGAAGUCGUAUGCCGAUUACGGCACCAUGUUGAAGGACUCCUGGUACACCAUCAACACGGAAGACUUAAAUCUAUCAUGGGCAAUCAAACUGUUGGUAGCUAUUUUGGCAAUAAUAGUCACCAUCUACAUAUGGCGUAGGAAACAUCUCAGAAAGCUAGAAGAAAAAAUGCAGUUGCAGAACCAGUACGCGUCUCAAAUGCGGUUCCGCAAAAGGGAUAAAAUGAUGUUUUACGGACGUCGGAUGCUGCGGAAGGUAAAAUCCAUAUCAGGCCAAGCGUACGGUGGCCAGGGUCGUAAGCGGAGAGCGGUGAUGCGAUUCGCCAAGCGGCUUCUGUUGCGAAAGGACGUGACACCAACCCAACUGUUGGUGAUCGAGCCGCCGGCGGAAUACCUGGAGGUUGCAUCCGACGGCAACGAUCGUGUACCGCCGGACGCGCUUUACAUGCUACAAUCAAUCCGCAUUUUUGGCCACUUUGAGAAGCCUGUCUUUUUGAAACUGUGUAAGCACACGGAGAUUAUCAACCUAAUAGCGGGCGAAAGCUUGAUUAAGGUCGGCGAUCCGGAUGAUAGUGUAUUUAUCGUGCAGACGGGACAGGUGAAUGUGUUCCUAAACAAUCCGGAUGGGAGUUCCAUCACGCUGAAGGUAGUACGGCAAGGUGAAUCAGUGACAUCUCUUCUCAGCUUCAUAGAUGUGCUAGUGGGUAAUGCUAGCCAGUAUAAGACGGUCACCGCUCGGGCGAUGGAAAAUUCGCAGGUGAUUAGAUUGCCAAUGUUUGCGUUUCAGCAAGUUUUUAGCGAAUGUCCAGAUUUGCUGGUGCGUGUCAUACAGGUAAUAAUGGUGCGUUUGCAGCGUGUCACUAUAACCGCACUCCACAACUAUCUUGGCUUGAGCACGGAAUACAUCCAGUGUUCAUCUCAGCGGAAAAAGAUUCCAAUUGCGCCCCAGACAAAGGGCAGCCCCGGCCAUCGGCGUGUGCCUUCCGAUCAGGUACAUCCCGUACCGCAUUCGCUUGUGGGUGAAAUAAAACCGGACAUGCUGGUAGAUUUGUCCGAAGGACAGCACAACGUUGCUCGACGAACUUCCGCCUUACCGAUCGAACCGAUAGAUCACGCGGUGCUGAAGGCGUGUGCAGUGGAUGGCUUCAUGCAGGAACUUGAUCUUCCCGAUACGCACAAGCAAACGAUCGAAGACAGCAUACUGAUUAAAGAGGUAUCGCCUGGUACCACUCUUGUCCACCAGGGUGUAUUGGAUGAUGUUAUGUUAAUUUUCGUUAUUGCCGGUGGGCUUACGCUCACUCAGUGUCCACAAACUGGCCCGAUUGCGCAGGAUUCCAACAAGAUUGCCGGGGAUAAGAUGGACAAUCACACCGUCACCAUCUACUCAGGUGAUGUGGUGGGCGGUUUGGCGGUGCUAACAGGAGAAUGCAGCCUGUACACGAUCCGCGCGAAACACAAUUCUCGCGUAGGAUUGCUCAACAAGGAUGUCAUCUAUAAAAUUAUGCGAGAGCGUCCUGCAGUAGUGCUCGAUAUAGCGAAUAGCGUCGUGAAGCGUUUAUCGCCUUUAGUGCGACAAUGUGACUUUGCACUCGAUUGGAACUUUAUAGAGUCUGGGCGAGCGGUUUACCGGCAGGAGGAAACGAGUGAUUCCACCUACAUCGUCCUCAAUGGGCGUCUUCGGUCGGUCACAACGCACCCGAACGGCAAAAAGGAAAUUGUGGGCGAAUACGGUAAAGGUGAUUUGAUCGGGAUUAUUGAGAUGAUUACGGAGACGCCACGUACCACGACGGUAAUGGCCGUGCGUGACUCCGAGCUGGCCAAGCUACCCGAAGGUCUGUUUAAUGCAAUCAAAUUUAAGUACCCGAUCGUGGUGACGCAGCUGAUCAGUCUGCUCAGCCACCGCAUACUUGGCUCGAUGCGUUCACGUCCGAUCGCCACCAGUUCGUUCACGUCUGUUUCGUUCGAUACGAACCAACAGAUUCAGCAUCGCUACUCGACGGUGGCGAUCGUGGCGGUAAGUGAUGAUGUGCCAAUGUCACCGUUCACAUAUGAACUAUACCACUCACUUAGCACGAUCGGUUCGACUGUGCGGCUCACGUCCGAGAUCGUGCGCAAGGCACUCGGCGCAUCGAUCAUGGAACCACCGAACGAGUACCGGCUCACGAGUUGGCUCGGGCAGCAAGAAGACCGACACAAUAUGACGCUCUACCAAUGUGACAACUCGUUCGGUCCGUGGACGCAAAGGUGCCUGCGCCAGGCCGAUGUCAUACUGAUCGUUGGAUUCGGCGAUCGGUCCCCCAUGAUGGGGAAACUGGAGAAGGAGAUCGAUCGGUUGGCGAUCCGUACGGCGAAGGAGCUGGUUCUGCUGCACCCGGAGGAUGGUAACACUUGUCCCAAUAAUACGAUCAGCUGGUUGAAUAUGCGUGCAUGGGUGUCACGACACCAUCACAUCCAGUGCCCGAAGCGAAUGUUUACACGCCGCAGUCAGAACAAAAUCGCUGAGCUGUAUGAACGCAUAAUGAAGAACGAACCCUACAUUCAUUGUGAUUUCUCGCGUUUGGCCCGUUGGCUGACCGGUAAUUCAGUUGGCCUCGUACUUGGUGGCGGGGGUGCUCGUGGUGCAGCUCAUGUAGGUAUGCUGAAGGCGAUUCAAGAGGCUGGAAUUCCUAUCGAUAUGGUGGGCGGUGUCAGCAUCGGUGCGUUUAUGGGAGCGCUGUGGUGUAUGGAGAAAAACAUUACAACCAUGACACAAAAAGCCCGUGAAUGGUGUACGAAAAUGACCCAAUGGAGUCGACAGCUGCGUGAUCUCACGUACCCGAUUACGUCAAUGUUUUCCGGGCGCCAUUUCAAUCAAACCAUUCGUGGUACGUUCGGGGACAUUUGCAUCGAGGACCUGUGGAUACCAUACUUCACCCUUACCACCGACAUCUCCGCCAGCUGUGCCAGGGUGCACACACACGGUUCAACAUGGCGUUAUGUUCGUUCGUCGAUGUCGCUGAGCGGGUACAUGCCACCGUUAUGCGAUCCAACAGAUGGUCACCUACUGCUGGAUGGUGGGUACGUCAAUAAUCUCCCAGCGGAUGUAAUGCGUGCGCAGGGUGCCGCGCAUAUUAUAGCGAUAGAUGUGGGUUCGCAGGACGAUACCGAUUUGACCGACUACGGUGACGAUCUGUCCGGCUGGUGGUUGCUUUACAAGCGCUGGAAUCCGUUCACGUCACCGGUAAAGGUGCCGAAUCUGCCCGAUAUACAAUCACGCCUUGCCUACGUAUCGUGCGUGCGUCAGCUCGAGGAAGUAAAGAAGAGCGACUACUGUGAAUAUAUCCGACCACCGAUCGAUAAGUAUAAGACGCUUGCGUUCGGCAGCUUCGACGAGAUUAAGAACGUUGGGUACGAGCACGGUAAGGCGUACUUCCAGAACAUGGCAGAAAAUGGACGCCUGACUCGAUUCAACCAAUGGUCCGUACAUCCGAUACCGAAAAAGGCCACCCAUUCGCUGAACGAAUAUUCCUUCGUCGAUCUGGCACAAAUCGUUUGCAAAGUGCCGGAAACCUAUCCGGAACGUGGCUACUCGUCGAGCGAGGAUGAUUAUUACGACGGGUACGCAUCGGAACCGUCCAGCAUGCCGCUGAAGAAGGGCUACAAUAUGCCGCUGAUGCGUUCCGCCGGUUCACUCUCCCUGUCGGACAACGAUAUGGAUUCGGAUGAGCUCGAAAUACCACGACCCUUCAACAAACCGCUGCCCGGCAACCGCAACCUGGCCAGCGAUAGAAAGGAAUAGGUUGUUUGUGUUGUGCUGCUUUCAUCUCGAACUAAUUUGUUUUGUUUUACACUCUGCAUCAUCUCUGCGCUACUCGAAUAGCACCGUAUACAGCUGCUCACAUACGCGGCAAAGAGAAGCGAAUUGUGGAACGCAGGUAUUUAAGAUGCACAUCUUUUGCUUUUAAAACAAAACAGCAACAACGAAACUAGACAGCAAAAACACAAGAGAACAAUCACUAGUUGUGGACAUUUUCUGAAUGGUGCAGCAAUAUGGAAAUAAUAUUACUCUUUUGUUGCAAGUUAAAUUGCAUAGUGUAUACAACACCUCAUUAUUGAAACAUUGGCGUUACUGUUCUGUUCUCACACCAGAUCCCUCCCAAAGAUAAAUGUAAGCGCAACACGCGCGGGGGCAUCAUUUUCAUUCAAUAAAACCUACCCCUUUUC